GAAGAAGACGAAGAAGAAGAAGAAGUAGUAGUAACAUUAAACAAAGGAGGCGUGAGCAGCGUUAGCUCUGUUCAUCUACAGAAUGAGUUGGGGGAAGGCUUUUAGGUCAUAACACAGAUAAUUAUUCAUUUUAUAGUUUAGCAACAAUGUCUUCAGUUCAGUAUUUGAGAGGGUUUUUCAACGAGAGACUAACUGCUGCUGCUGAAGAAAUAUUCGGAGUUUUCGAGAAAACUAUCGUCGAGUACGAAGAAGAGAUCGACCGUCAGCGCAGACUGUUGGAUAUAGCUUGGAAACCUGAAAUAAAGUUACACAGGAUAGUUCAUCCAGAGCUCCCACAGCAACAUGUCUGUAAGGAGGAGGAGGUUGUCGCUGAGCAGCAGCUCUGUGUUCGGGAGAGGAACUCCAGUGUGGAGCAAGAGGAGCCAGAGCCUCCAGAGAUUAAAGAGGAAGAGGAGGAACUGUGCAGCAGUCAGGAGGGAGAGCAGCUUGAAGUGAAGCAGGAGACUGAUGACUUUAUGUUGACUCCUACUAAUGAGGAAAGUGAGCACAGUGAAGAUCAGACUGUGAACUGGAGUAUCACUGAAACUCAGAAUAUGGUGGAGGAAACACCUCUAGAGUACAUUUCAGAUAAAAGUCAUGUGGUCCCAGAGCCAGACAGUGACCACCAGCUCCUCUCUCAUGAAGCUGAGAGCCAAGAUCAGAAAGGAGACAAGCAUGGAGACUCAGGUUCAACUAGAAAUGCAGAGCAAACAGAACCGAAUCACAACAGCAACAGUCACACUAACAACUCAUAUAACCCUACUAUAUCAACAAUUCACUAUAAUACUGACACAGGUAAAAAGUCUUUCAAAUGUGACACAUGUGGGAAAGCUUUCACAUGUAGGUCUGAUUUAAAGAGACACCUGAGAACACACACAGGUGAGAAGCCACAUCCUUGCAACAUUUGUGGGAAAAAAUUCACUCAGACAUCAGUAUUGAACGCUCACAUAAGAAUCCACACAGACGAAAGGCCGUACUCUUGCAAAACGUGUGGAAAAGAUUUCAGAUCAAGGAGUCACUUGAUAGACCACACCAGAACUCACACAGGAGAGAAGCCGUACACAUGCAAAACAUGUGGGAGAGCUUUCAGACUCAGUGGUCACUUGACAGGCCACAUGAGAACCCACACAGGUGAGAAGCCAUUUACAUGCACAACAUGUGGGAGAGCUUUCAGACUUAGUGGCCACUUAAUAGGUCACAUGAGAACUCACACAGGUGAGAAGCCGUUUGUGUGCAAAACAUGUGGGAGAGCUUUCAGACUGAGCAGUCACCUGAUAGGCCACAUGAGAACUCACACAGGUGAGAAGCCGUAUUCUUGCGACACAUGCGGGAAAAGAUUCUGUCGGACAAUCGAAUUGAAGACUCAUAUAAGAACCCAUGCAGGUGACAGAAGCCAUUUUCAAGCAACACCUGUGGAAAAAAAUUCAGACAUAGCGGCAAAUUUACUUUAUAGUUUAGCAACAAUGUAUUCAGUUCAGUAUUUGAGAGGGUUUAUCAACGAGAGACUAACUGCUGCUGCUGAAGAAAUAUUCGGAGUUAUAGAGAAAACUAUCGUCGAGUACGAAGAAGAGAUCGACCGUCAGCGCAGACUGUUGGAUAUAGCUUGGAAACCUGAAAUAAAAUUACUCAGAAUAGUUCCUCCAGAGCUCCCACAGCAACAUGACUGUCAGGAGGAGGAGGUUGUCGCUGAGCAGCAGCUCUGUGUUGAGGAGAGGAACUCCAGUGUGGAGCAAGAGGAGCCAGAGCCUCCAGAGAUUAAAGAGGAAGAGGAGGAACUAUGCAGCAGUCAGGAGGGAGAGCAGCUUGAAGUGAAGCAGGAGACUGAUGACUUUAUGUUGACUCCUACUGAUGAGGAAAGUGACCACAGUGAAGAUCAGACUGUGAACUGGAGUAUCGAUGACAGAAAUGUGUUCGAGGGAAACCUUCCAAACUACAUCUGUGUUAAAAGCGCUGUCUCACCAGACCCAAACAUUGACUACCAGCUCUUCUCUCACAACUCUCAUGAAGCUGAGAGCCAAGAUCAGAAAGAAGUCCCUCCAGAGCUCCCACAGCAACAUGUCUGGAAGAAGAAGGAGGUCGUCACUGACCAGCAGCUCUGUAUUGAGGAGAGGAACUCCAGUGUGGACCAAGAGGAGCCAGAGCCUCCAGAGAUCAAAGAGGAAGAGGAAGAACUGUGCAGCAGUCAGGAGGGAGAGCAGCAUGAAGUGAAGCAGGAGACUGAUGACUUUAUGUUGAUUCCUCCUUAUGAAGAAAGUGACCACAGUGAAAAUGAGUCUCUCAACGUUAGUAUCAGUGAAUCUCAAAAUGUGGUGGAGGAAAACUUUAUAAACUACAUUGUUAUUAAAAACUCUGUGGUCCCAGAAGCAGACAGUGACCACCAGCUCCUCUCUCACAACUCUCAUGAAGCUGAGAGCCAACAUCAGGAAGGAGACGAGCACAGAGACUCAGGAUCAACUUACAAUGUAUCUAACCCUUUUAUAUCAACAAUUCAGUGUAAUACUCACACAGGUAAAACGUCUUUAAAGUGUGACACAUGUGGGAAAACUUUUAAGUAUAGGUCAGAUUUAAAGAGACACCUGAUAACCCACACAGGGGAGAAGCCAUAUUCUUGCAACACCUGUGGGAAAAAAUUCAUUCAGCCAUCAUUAUUGAAGAAUCAUAUAAGAACACACACAGGGGAGAAGCCAUUUAUUUGCAAGACAUGUGGGAAAGAAUUCGGAUAUAGCAGUCACUUGAAAGUCCACAUGAGAACUCACACAGGAGAGAAGCCAUAUUCUUGCAAAACAUGCGGAAAAGAUUUCAGACUUCUUAGUAAUUUGAAUGUCCACUUGAGGAUCCACACAGGUGUGAAGCCGUUUUCUUGCAACACCUGUGGAAAAGAUUUUGGACGCAAAAGUCACUUGAUAGGCCACAUGAGAAUUCACACGGGAGAGACGCCGUUUACGUGCAAAAUAUGUGGGAGAGCUUUCAAACUUAGUUCAGGCUUGAUAGGCCACAUGAGAACCCACACAGGUGAGAAGCCGUAUUCUUGCAACACCUGCGGGAAGACGUUCUGUCGGUCAUCAGUAUUGAAUAUGCAUUUAAAUAUCCAUACAGGUGCAAAGCCGUAUUGUUGCAGCACCUGUGGAAAAGAUUACAGGCGUAAGUGUGACAUGGUAGUCCACAUGAAAAGAGCCCACGCUGGUGAGAAGUCGGACCAUUGCAAGACCUGUGGGAAAAGCUGCUUUGAUGGGUCUACUACGGCAAACCAUAUAGCAUUGCAGUCAGGCGAGUAGAUUUGCUUUUGCAUGAGAACUCAGAAGUGAAGAGCCAAAUAAUUGUAGCACUUAAAGGAAAACUUUUACCCAAAUCAUGUUCUUGGAAAAAAAACACCUGAGGAUCAGGAGAAACCAUUGAACUGAAACCUCCAAUGAGUCAUGCUCACUAACUGUAUGAAAUACAUUUUUGCAAUAGCUACAUCUCUGCCAUUAAAUGCAUACAAUCCCCAAAAAGUCACAAUAUGUUGAAGUAGUACAUUUUCAACAAUCCUAUCAAGUUUUAUUGAUCUGAUCUCCUUGGUUUGGUCACUUAUGUUGUCACGCUGCCAACUAGAGUCUUUUCCUUUUUGUCUGGACGUGUCAUAUUUAAUUAAAAUGUUAUAUUUUGUCAUUGCAUCUACUUGAUAUAAUUUUUGUUGUUUGGGGUUUUAGUAAUGACACAAAAGCAAAAGUAAAUUGUGUACUGCUUGGUGCUUUUAAUGCUUAAAUAAGCUUAGAUUAUAAGAAGUUAUAAUAUUAAGGAUUGUGGGCAAGAGAAUGCUGUUUUUCUGUCUAAUGCAUAUUCUAAAAGUAAAGCUUUGUAAGGUGAUUAUUUAAGAAAACCAGUCACCCUGACGUCUUAAGUUAGAGAAGUAAAUUAUGUUCAUCGCGGCUGCAGCAGAGUGUGACUUAAAUUAAGUGUAUAAUAAGUUGUCAUAGUGAGAAUAGUUCUUAUCAGUGUUAAGUUAUAACAUGCAGGACAUGUUUUAAUAUUGCAACUCAGUGACUGGAGGUUAAGUUAAAUGAUUUGAUAGCAUUUGUAAAUGUGAUCAGUGAAGCUGUCUCAUAUUGAACAAGAAUGUCUAUAGUGGAAAAUGUAACAUGUCGGCUACUCAAGUACUGUAUUUAUAGUGCUCAGAUGGCCAAGGUUGCAUGUAUUCCACAUAAAUAGAAAAGCUUAAAACACUUACAAUAAAAGAAAUAAUCAGAACUUUGGAGUUAUUUUUUGUUUGCUUUCCUUUUAUGCUUUAAAUAAUUCUACUAUACUGCGUUUUUACAAGCAAAUUUAAUUUUUUGGGGCACCACAGUUACUUUGCCUGUUAAGGUUUUUACUCCAGAGUGCUAAAAUGAAGUGUGCGCAUAGGUCUGGCUAUGCAAGACUUUAUUUUUACCUACAAAUACUUUAAAUGAGCGUGUUAAAUAUGAUGCUCUCUUAAUAAACUAUCAAUCAGUAUGUGAACCAAGCAAUAAAUAAAUAAAUAAAAUGCUCCACCUCUACUUACUGCUACAAAAAUUAUAUUUACAC